AUGGCAGGCUCCGCCGCCCUUGUUGCCAGCGUCUGGCUUGCUCAGGCGUUUGGUGCUCUUGCAGGACCGAUCAGCAGUACGACUACUACGUCAUCAUCUGCUCAAUUCACCGUCCCGGCUGCUGCGGAUGUCGGGGCCAACUUGCUUGCCAAUAUCGACGAUCCCAAUGCCGUCAACGCCCAGGAUGUCUGUCCCGGUUACACGGCGUCGAACGUGCAGAACACGGAGUCUGGAUUUGUGGCGACCCUGACACUCGCUGGGAAUCCAUGCAAUGUGUAUGGAACGGACGUGGAGUCCCUGAACCUGACUGUCGAGUACCAAUCUGCGGAUCGAUUGAACAUCAACAUCGUUCCGACUCACGUCGAUUCUUCAAACCAGUCGUGGUAUUUGCUUCCCGAAAAUAUAGUGCCCAAGCCAGGGGUCGAUGCAGGAGCCCAAGUUCCAGAGAGUGAUCUCGUCUUCAGCUGGUCGAAUGAACCCUCGUUCAAUUUCAAGGUUCUCCGGAAAGCCACUGGCGACAUUCUCUUCAGCACGGAGGGUUCUGUCCUGGUGUAUGAAAACCAGUUCAUCGAGUUUGUGAGCUCUCUGCCGGAGAACUACAAUCUCUACGGUCUAGGAGAGCGUAUCCAUGGCUUGCGACUGGGGAACAACUUCACCGCCACGACGUACGCCGCGGAUAGUGCAGACCCUAUUGACCGGAACAUCUACGGAACCCAUCCCUUUUAUCUGGACACCCGGUACUACGAGGUUGACUCCGAACAUGGGAAGUACACAUUGGUGACGGACAACGAGACGGAUUUCUCUAAGGAAUAUCUGUCGCUCUCGCAUGGAGUUUUCCUGAGAAACGCCCACGGACAAGAGGUGCUGCUGCGUCCUCAGAGCAUCACCUGGCGGACACUCGGUGGCAGCAUUGAUCUUUACUUCUACGCCGGUCCGACCCAGGCCGAUGUCACCAGAAGCUACCAGACCAGCACCGUUGGCCUCCCGGCAAUGCAGCAGUAUUUCACCCUUGGCUAUCAUCAAUGCCGCUGGGGAUACAGAAACUGGUCGGAGCUGGCUGAUGUAGUGGCCAAUUUCGAGAAAUUCGAGAUCCCAUUGGAAAAUAUCUGGUCGGAUAUUGACUACAUGAACGAGUACCGCGACUUCGAGAACGACCCGGUUCGCUUCUCCUACAGCGAGGGAGCCAAAUUCCUGGACCAGCUCCACAAGGGUGGCCGUCACUACAUCCCGAUUGUGGACGCCGCGAUCUAUGACCCCAAUCCUAACAAUGCCUCCGACGCGUAUGCGACAUAUGAUCGGGGUUCUAAAGACGAUAUCUGGUUGAAGAAUCCCGACGGAAGCCUGUACAUCGGAGCCGUCUGGCCUGGCUACACAGUGUUCACCGAUUGGCAUCAUCCAAAAGCCAACGACUGGUGGACGAACGAGCUGACUCUAUGGCACGAAAAGGUGGCUUUUGACGGAAUCUGGUUGGACAUGAACGAGGUCUCGUCCUUCUGCGUUGGCAGCUGUGGAACAGGGAACCUCACCCUGAAUCCCGUGCACCCGAACUUCGCGCUUCCGGGAGAGCCUGGAGCUGUUAUCUACGACUACCCCGAGGACUUCAACGUGACGAACGCCACGGCUGCGGCGUCUGCGUCUGCCGCGUCGUCGAGCCAGGCUGCUGCGACAGCGACAGCAACUUCUUCGUCCACGACUAUCAGCUACCUGAGGACCACGCCCACUCCUGGAGUGCGGAAUGUCAACUACCCUCCCUAUGUGAUUAAUCACGUACAGGAGGGUCACGAUCUGUCUGUUCACGCUGUGUCGCCCAACGCAACCCACGUCGAUGGCGUGCAGGAGUACGACGUGCACAAUCUCUGGGGCUACCAGGAAACAAACGCAACCUAUCAUGCCCUACUGAGCAUCUUCCCCGGGAAGAGGCCUUUCAUCAUCUCUCGUUCUACGUUUGCCGGCAGCGGACGAUGGGCCGGACACUGGGGUGGAGACAACGCCUCGAAAUGGGCGUACAUGUUCUUCUCCAUCCCGCAAGCGCUGUCGUUCUCGCUGUUCGGCAUCCCCAUGUUCGGCGUCGACACCUGCGGGUUCAACGGCAACACGGAUGAAGAACUGUGCAACCGCUGGAUGCAGCUCUCCGCGUUCUUCCCCUUCUACCGCAACCACAACGUCCUGUCGGCGAUCCCGCAGGAGCCCUACAACUGGGCAUCCGUUAUCGAGGCGAGCAAGUCGGCGAUGAGGAUCCGCUACGCCCUGCUCCCUUACCUCUACACGCUGUUCUACCUCGCUCACACUACGGGGUCGACUGUCAUGCGUGCGUUGGCGUGGGAGUUCCCCAACGACCCGUCGCUCGCUGCAGUGGACCGGCAGUUCCUCCUGGGGCCGUCGCUGAUGGUCGUCCCUGUCCUCGAGCCGCAGGUCGACACCGUGAAGGGCGUCUUCCCCGGCGUCGCCCAGGGCGAAGUCUGGUACGACUGGUACACGCAAACCGUGUUCGACGCGAAGCCGGGCGUGAACACGACCAUCUCCGCGCCGCUGGGCCACAUCCCCGUGUUCGUGCGCGGCGGAAACGUGCUCCCCAUGCAGCAGCCGGCGCAGGUGACGCGGGACGUGCGGAACAGCCCCUGGUCACUACUGGUGGCCCUGGGCAGCGACGGCAAAGCCUCGGGACAACUGUACGUGGAUGACGGCGAGAGCAUCACUCCUCCGGCGUCCCUGCACGUGGACUUUGUGGCGUCGAACUCGACCCUCUUCGCGACGGGCCGCGGUGCGUUCAAGGACACCAAUCCGCUGGCCAACGUCACGGUGCUGGGCGUCCCAGCGGCGCCGUCGGCGGUCACCUUGAAUAACGAGACUGUUCCUUCGGAGUCGGUGACGUACAAUUCCACCUCCAAAGUCCUCGUGGUCAAUGGACUGCAGAGUCUUACCCGUGACGGAGCCUGGAGCAGUGACUGGGUUCUCAAGUGGUGA